AUGCCGACCUACGAUGUUCUCGUGCUUGGCGCAACAGGCUUCACCGGCCGCCUUGCCUGCGAAUACUUGGCCAACCGAGGCGGCGAGAAGGUGAACUGGGCCAUGGCUGGGCGCAGCCUCGACAAGCUAGAGAAGAUCCGGAAGGAGCUGCCAGAAAGCGCAAAGGACACGCCCUUGGUGAAGGGACAGUCGGGGCAGCAGGCCACAAUCGUGACACUUUUCGUGCCAUUUCUUUUCUUCUCUUCGACUAAACUUGGUGCGGAGCUCCUCACAUCGGAAAAGUCGAGCUCGUCUUUGGCUCAUAAGUAG